UGGCAAGAAAUCAAGAUCUCAAACUUUGGCCUUUGUGUGUUCUCUUCUCUCUGCCAAUUGAUCCAUGGCGAGAGAAGAACAAGUACCCGAUUCGAAAGCACAUCUUGUGGAAGUGAUUUGCUCAGCUGCGGCCGCGUUCUCCGCUUGUGUUCACCGACGAAAUGCCUUUGAAAUGCCGGUGUUUGUCGACUGGUAUCUCAUCCUCAGAAUAGAUGAGGAUGUAAAAGUGGAUGUAAUCCGUAGGCGCUAUCGCCAAUUGGCAUUGCAACUUCAUCCGGACAAAAAUAAGCAUCCCAAAGCUGAUGAAGCAUUCAAAUUUGUCUCUGAGGCGUAUGCAUGUCUCUCUGACAAGGCCAAAAGGCAGGCAUUUGAUUGUGAGAGGGGGGGCCAUUUUUGCAAGGAGUGCUAUGAAAGGUUCAAUUGCAGGGGCCAUGGCAAUAAGCCCAGCCAUGAGAAGAAGCACACGAGGCAAACUCGUUUGCGACAAAUGCAGAUGAGAUUUAGAGAAGAAUUCCAAGUAGUAGAAAGAUGUUUGAGAGUUAACCAAGCGCGCCGAGACGAGUCACCACUAUUCGAUCCUUACAAACAAGGGCUAUCAUCGCCGGGCUACCCUCACUCAAGGCAGGUCAGACACCAAUGGCACUUCAGUUCAGCCUGCGAGUCACCUCUUUAUGAGAUGGGGAACGAUAAGCAUUUGAGAACUGAAACUUAAACAGGUCCAAAUGCUACUUUUCUUUUAGCAUAAACUUGGAACAGUUGUAACAAUUUGUCCUAAACUUGUUUCUGUAAUACUGAAUGAGUUUUUAGCUGCCAAGUAAACAAAUCAAAAUGAUUUUUUUAUAAACAAAGAGUCAAAACAGGCGGCAACAAGUGAAGUCAUGAUCUAUCUCAUUCUCACGGUAGGUUCUUAUCAUGUUCUUUGAAUAUUUGCUCAAAACUUUGUUUGCUGAUGCAUCAACCAAAGACAAACAAUAGUAUUCAAUUCCCACCACGCUUCAGCUCCAUUAUCUCUAGAUAAUGAAGUAUUAUAUUAUACAAAUUAUAGGUAUGAAAACCCCCCUUGCAAACUAGUUUAUUCUUACAAAUCACAUGCAUUCAAUGAAAAGGAAUCCAAUUUCAAUCAUGCAAGCAAAGAACAUGUUUGUCUUUCUUUUUGUUUUGUGUUCUUUAAGAAAGGGAUGGAGCCAAUAUUUGCAAGGAUCAAUCUCAAUG